AUGGCGUCGCCAGCCAAUGGCUCCCUGGCAGCCCCAGGCACCACCAAGCCCACAGACUGGGUCGAGCUCCUCAACACGGGCGCCGCGCCCACCAGCCUCGGCGGCUGGGUGCUCUCAGAGGGCGGGCAGGAGGGCGGCAAGGGCGGCGGAAGGUGGCAGCUACCGCCUGUGGACCUGCCGCCUGGCGGCUACCUCGUGCUGAUAGGUGUAGGCGGCGCGGGCGCAGACAACGCGUCGCAGGUGGAGGAGGGGCCUGGCGGUAUCCGGCUGCUGCCGGUCCCGGGCCUCAAGCUGGGGGCCGGAGGCAAGGCUUUGACGCUCAGCCAGCCGGACGGGCGCGUGGCAAGCUCCACUGGGGAGGUCAUAAGGCAGCGUCCGGGUGUGUCCUUUGGCCUUCCAGCUGGCGCGGCUCCUGGCAGCCCGCCCACCUUCCUGCAGCUUCCCACCCCCGGCGCCGCCAACAGCCCCGCCAAGCCUGCGGGUCCCUUCAUCUUUGAGGUCACUCGCACCCCAGACGGCACGACGCCCCCAGGGCAGCCGCUCGUCGUGUCGGCGCGCGUCGCGCCCAACGGCGCGCCGCCGCAGUCCGUGGAGCUGGUGUGGCGCGUGAACUACGCCCCAGAGCAGAGGGCGCCGAUGGCAGCCGCUGCCCAGGCCCCAGGCAAGCAGCGCAGAGAUGGGGCUUCCCCAAAGAGAGAGAGCCUUGGGGGAAAGGCGGUUGUGCUGACUUGGUAG